AUGCCUACUUCCGGCAGAGGCAGCAGGACGACUGCACAUCCAGCAUUGAGAAUGUCCAAGCAGAGAUCGAAGAAGAUGCGGCAAUCCGCACCUUUGCAGAAAUCGAGAUUGGUGUCUCAGGUCCAAGCGCAAAAAGGAAAGACCUCUACGGCUCCUGUUCACCAUGCAUCGGCGGGAGAUGGAUUGCCUUCGGUCAUCGAGCUACGAGCGGGAGGCCUACCAGCUGGAGAGAGGAUCGACCUCGGGCACGUUGGCUUUUUGGCAGUCUCGAUUGGGAAAGGAACACAGAGGAGCGGCAAGGCCGUGUUCGAUGCUACUAUAGUUGCCGCAUUACGCUUGACUCACUGGCUUAAUGUACAGUCUGCGGGUUCGCGACUUUUGGUCUAGCAAUUCGAAAAGCGAGCGGGAUGUGGCAAGUAAGGGCCACCGGGAUAAGACAGCAACGGCUACAACAGUGUCGAGGUACAUAGUAUCCGACUCGCAUUCCGGUAACAUAUCAGUACGUACCAUGCUCGGAC